AUGAAAAUUAUACUAUUAUUUGUUAUUUUUUUUCUAAUUUCCAAGAUCUUCUCUCAAAAUUUAGUCUAUCCAAUUGGAUAUGAAACUCAUAUGGACUCCCUUGUAGUUAAAUAUAAAGGAUCUGAUAUCUAUUAUACAAAUAUUUCAUUUAUUUGGAAUCAUAAAAGUCGUUAUGAUAUGAGUUUUAAUUGUGUUUUAAAUGAUACAAUUAGAAUUUGUACUUUACCAGUGAAAGAAUCUGAUCGAGAACAAAUGUAUUCAGAGGAAUUACUUGCAUGUACUGCAAGAAAUGGUAUAUUUGUUAUGUGUGGUUUUGAUGUACAUUUAGGUUUUUUCCCAAGUCCAUUAUUAAUUUCACCUUUUAAACCAAAGACUAGAGGUGGAAAUACAACAUUAAGUGGUUAUUAUUUAGAAUUAAAAGAAAGAGUAUUUGUUAUAUUUGAAAAUAAUUAUGAACAAGAUCAAUAUUAUGGAUCUAAUAAUUAUUAUAGAGUAGUGGGUUAUUUUGAAACAAACACACCUGAUAGAAUAAAUUUGACAUUGAGAGUCUAUCCAGGUUGUGGAAAUAGAACAAUUAUUUGGGAAAAUGGUGAAACAUAUAAUUUUACAUAUCAAGAUCCAAAUAUUGAAAAAAUUGAUAUUAACCAAUCAAUACUUAAUAUAACUGGUACAAAUUUCUAUAAUCAAUCAGUAUUUGUUGCCGUUAAAAUUGAUAAUAAUAUUAUUGAUCCAAAUGAUAUUAUUUCAGUUGAUUUCGAAAAUAUUAAAUUAAAAUUUAAUUAUUCAGAUCCAUUCUCAUCAAAAUUAAAUGUUCAAGUCGGUUGUUGUGAUUAUUGGUCAAAUAAAUUUCAAAUUACAUAUCCACCAAUUCCAUCAAGUGUAAAUAGUAUUCCAAAAUUAAAAGGUGGUUUAUUAAUAAUCAAUGGUAAUAGAUUAACUUCAUCACCAUCUUCAAAUAAUAAUAAUAUAUCAGUUACAGUUGGUGAUUCAAUUUGUUCAAUUUUUUCAUCAUCUUCAAAUGAAAUAAAAUGUAAUUUACAACCAUUAUCAAACUCAACAUUAAAUAAUUCAUCACCAAUCACUGUAUCAAUUAAUGGUGUUGAAAAUACAAAUAAACUAUUACUAUAUUAUGAUAUUCCACACAUUAAAACAUAUUCUCAAGUCAAUAAUGAAAUUCAUAUAAUUGGUAGUUGUUUUGGUAAUAUUAAUUCAACUCACAUUCAAAUCAAUGGUAAACAAGCUCAAAAUCAAAUAAAAUCAAUUAAUAAUGAUGAAACAGUUUUAAUAUUAAAAGUACAAAAUCAAAUUUAUAAUUUUAAUAUUUCAAUCGAAUCAAAUUCAAUCAAUGUAGAUGUAAAAUUAUAUGCAAUAAUUAAUGAAAUUCCAUCGGUUGGUAAUAAAUUUAUUAAUUUUACAUUAUUAUAUGUAAAUUCAAGUAAUAUUAAUUCAAUAGCAACAAUUAAAAUAUUAAAUGAACAAUUAAAUCAAACAAUCCAAUCAACUUUAACAACUUUUAUUGAAAGUGUUGUAUUAUGUUCAUUUUUAAUUGAAAAUCUUUGUGGUAUUGUUAAUUAUGAAAUUGAAAUUGGUCAUCAAAGAUUUCAAUCAUCAUUUUCAUAUGAAUCACCAUUGAUUAAUAAAUGUAAUUUAAAUUCAAAUGAAAUUGUUACUUGUAUUGGUAAAGGUUUUGUAAAUAGUAAUGAAACAAUUAUUAUUAUUUCAAAUCAAUCAAUAACAUUUAAUAAUGAAAGUAAUAAUAAUAAUGAUAAAUCAAUAUCAUUUCAAAUGAAUGAAGAGUAUAUUCUUGGUGAAUUGUAUUUAGAUGUAUGUGGUUUAUUAUCAAAUAAAGUAAAAAUUGAUACAAUACCAAUUUUUAAAAAUGUAUCGAUUCCAAACUUAUUCGAUACCAAUGGUGGAGAAAUCAUUAUUUUUGGUAAAUAUUUAAAUAAUAAUACAAAUAUUACAAUUGAAUGUAAUAAUGAAGUAAUAGAAAAAGAAUGUAAAUCAUAUAAUAGUACAUCAUUAGAAUGCAACAUUGAAUUUAAUGGUCCAAAUGAUAAAACUUGUAAAUUAUUAUUUAAUAAUAUUGAUAAUAAUAAUAAUAAUAAUAAUAUAGUAUCAACAUUUAAUAUUAUCUAUAAAUCACCAUCAAUUAAUCAAACUAGUAUAAUUAAUUUAAAACAAGGAGGUAUUUUAACAAUUAUUGGUAAUGAUUUCUAUUAUCCAAUUGAUAAAGUUACAAUAAUUGGUAAUAAUGGUAAUUGUAGUGGUUGUGAUAUUUUAAAUUGUAAUGAAGCAAAGUAUAUUAAUGAUACAAUGAUAACAUGUUUUAUUCAAGCAACGAAUAAUACAUUUAGUAAUAUUAAAAAUGGUGAAAUGAUAUUUAUCAAUGUUACAACCAAUGGUAAAAGUGGUAUAUCAAAAGUAUUCAAAUAUUUAACUCAAUCUGAUGAUUCUCAUCAAUACUCUGACGCAAGAAAUAUCUUUCAAAAUCUAUUAUUAUCAAUUUUAAUCAUAUUAAUCAUUUCAUUAUUAUUCAUUUCAAAUAUUUAA